AGAGUAUCCCGAUGCUUGUCGGAAGGUAUGUAUGAAAGAGGGGGGUGGACAUGAAGUUCAACUAGCGAUCAAUAAUAAAUGUUGGGUUCUGAUAGCCGGGCUUCUUCUCCGGCCACCCUUGCUUACUCACCUACCUUUAGUCUGCAGAGCGCGCGCGGGACAAGAAGGAAUAGCGUGGCAGCUGGAUUCUUUCUAACGUCUGUGCCCCCCAACUGGGUCGUAGGGUGGAAUUGCCCGGGUUAGUGAACACUGG